AAGAUGGAAACCAAGCCUCAAUUCAUUGAUAUUGGUGCCAAUCUAACUGAUGAAUCCUUUCGUGGCCACUACAACGGCAAGCAGUACCAUCCAGAUGACUUCGAGGCCGUGCUCGGGCGAGCCUGGGAAGCAGGUGUGGAGCGGGUGAUGGUCACCGCUGGCCGGCUGCAGGAAGUCAAAGAGGCCCUGCAGCUCGUCGACAAGCACGAUCGACUUUACACGACUGUGGGCGUGCACCCGACGCGCUGCGAUGAGUUCGAGGCGUGGGAAGGCGGCGCGGAGGACUACCUCCAGCAGCUCCUGGCGCUUGCUCUCCCCGAGGGGAAGCCGCACCCCAAGAUCGUCGCCGUGGGCGAAUUCGGACUCGACUACGACCGGCUGCAGUUCUGCUCCAAGGAAACGCAGCUCAAGUACUUCGAGGCUCAGUUCGAGCUGGUGGAGAAGACCGGCCUGCCGCUCUUCCUGCACAUGCGCAACGCUUGCGAUGACUUUAUCGAAGUCGUGAAGCGGAACCGCCACAAGUUCUCGAAUGGUGUGGUCCACUCGUUCACUGGCACGAUGGAGGAGAUGCAGGCCCUAGUGGCGUUGGAUCUCUUCAUCGGCAUUAACGGUUGUUCGCUCAAGAUGAACUCCACGCAGACCAAGGAGAACCUGGACGUGGUUUGCGCCAUCCCCGAAGACCGAAUAAUGAUCGAAACAGAUGCGCCCUACUGCGACAUCCGAAACACGCACGCCGGCGCAAAGCUGGUGAGCACCAAGUGGCCGAGCGUGGGCGUCACUCACGUUUCGUGUGGCGACUAUCCUAGACAGGUGAUGGAGGUCGUGGCUGGCGCGCGAGGCGUAGGGUUGGAGGAGCUGGCUGCCAAGAUCCACACCAACACCAGGCGCGUGUUCUUUCCCUGA